CAGACAGGUGGGUGGGGAAAGCCAGGUUUGCCAUGGAGAAGAUUUCAGUGUCAACAUUCUUGCUCCUUGUGGCCCUCUCCUACACCCUGGCCAAAGACACCACAGUCAAACCGGGAGCUAAGAAGGACACCAAGGACACAAAGGUCUCUCAACCCAAACUGCCCCAGACCCUCUCCAGAGGCUGGGGUGAUCAGCUCAUCUGGACUCAGACAUACGAGGAAGCUUUGUACAAAUCCAAGACAAGCAACAAACCCUUGAUGAUUAUUCAUCACCUGGAUGAAUGCCCACACAGUCAAGCUUUAAAGAAAGUGUUUGCUGAAAAUAAAGAAAUCCAGAAAUUGGCAGAGCAGUUCAUCCUCCUCAAUCUAGUUUAUGAAACAACUGACAAGCACCUUUCUCCUGAUGGCCAGUACGUCCCCAGGAUCAUGUUUAUUGACCCAUCCCUGACAGUGAGAGCCGACAUCACUGGAAGAUACUCAAAUCGUCUCUACGCUUAUGAACCUUCGGACGCAGCUCUGCUUGUUGACAACAUGAAGAAAGCACUCAAGUUGCUGAAGACUGAAUUGUAGAGCAAAAACAAAAUUCGCAAGCUCGUCCCUCUGUGUCUGGCCAUGACCUGGAACCAGAGGGGAUUUCAGAAGACCCUGCGGAAGGCAGGCGCGCGGUGGACAUGCUCAUCAGAUUACGGUUUAAUGUUACAACAGCUAUUUUUUUAAAAUUGGGUUUCAAGUAUACAUGUAUGAAAACAAUAUUGUGUACUACCAUAGCAAGCCAUACUUUUUAAAAAAA